UGUAGCGCGUCCAUAGAAACUCGCAGAACGAGGCUCCGCGAGAUCGGACUAAAUAAUCAACGGUGCACUCAUACUUAUAAAUCAUGGACAGAUAAAUAGAUAGACUUUUACUGGAAAAUGCUGUAGAGGAUCUGUACAGUUUUGUUCUUUUGAAGGUAAAUUUUGGUAUAUGUAUAUUUAUUUCUUUAUCGUUAUUGUGUACAAGUUUUGUUAAGCUCUCCGUGUAUUUGCCUAAACCUGUAGUACUGUUUAAAUCUCUCGCUGAUAAGGGUGAUAAAAUUUAGUAGUUUCACACUCGAAAUGAAAAUUGAACACAAUGAUUUAAGUGUUUUUGGCUGUCUAUUGGCGAUUUACUGCCUGUAUGAUCCCUUAAGGCUCCGAAAAACCUGUAUAAACGGGUGCUUCAGAGGAAAGCGGGCAUUGUGUUUACUUUUGGGCAUUAUUCCAGAGACUUCGACAAGUAUGGGAGAAUUUAUUACAAAUCCUUCCUUGAUUUAUAUUUAAGACGUCUCUCUAUAAUCCAAGGAUAAAUCAUGAAAUACCAGAGACAUUAAAAAAUGUUUUGAACUCGAUUGCCACUAGCACCUUUCCGAUAUUUCGUAACGCUCCCCAAGGUAAAACAGAAAGGGCGUAAGAUUUUCAACAAAACUUCUGCAAAAGUAUAUAUUUAUGUAGAUCAAUAGGGGAAUAAAUUAAAUUAAACCCCAAAACGUUUAGAUCAUUUGAAUUUAAACAUUCUUUGCUAUUAUGUACUUGGAAACUGCAAAUUGGAGUGGAUCAUAUUUUUGAAUAGUGAAUUACGUGGUUCCAUUUAGGACUCGAAAUAUCUUGCAUGUAAAAUAGUACAAUCCCUAAAGAUUUUGUUCACUCAUGGAUAUUUAUAGCAAUAUGUUAAAAUAUUAAGAUUCAGGGCACCCAGGGAUCAAUGGCAGAACUCAAUGGAUCAAAUAGUAAAAAUGUAUCUAUAUAAAUUUGUUAGAAUCUUCAUUUACUUCUAAACAUAAGUUCAAACAUUAGAUGUGUAGUGAAAGUGAACUUAAAACUCUACCAAAAAUUGUGAAACCCGUGUUCAGGCCACAGUCACUUGUUUCUGUAAAUCUAUAUACUGCUAUUAUUAGUAUACAGACUUCAUAACUUAUUUACAGAAACAAGUACCUGUGAUUCAGGCCCCAGGGAGGGAUAUCGCAGUUAUGUACUAAAUCUUGAAAUAUCUUGCUUAAUUCUGAACAUUUAAUACAUAAACUUGGUACAUUGUUGUAAUGAGCAAUAAGACUUUGGAUAAAAAUAAAAAUCAUAGCUCCUUGGUCAGAGUUACCAGCCUGAGGGUGGAGCACAGUGACUGAAAUUUCAAAAUACUCUUUUUGAUGAUCUAGCUCACGCUUGACCUGAAUAUUGUUUAUCAGACUGUAUGAUCUUGAGUCAAGUUGAUCUGUCCAUCAUGAAGGUCAUUGGUGAAUAAUGUUGUAUUUGUUGCAGUUCAUAACAUAAAAUUUGCCCAACUCUCUAUUUUGUAUUGCUUAUAUAAGUUAUGAGAUUGAUUACUGUUUGUUAUCUUCACCUUUCAUUAAAAUGCAAAAACAUUACUUAUAACGGGUAGGGUGUGUGUGCCAUGACACUGAACCAAAGAAGACAAACAACACCCCCCCCCCCCCUCCCGUUUUACCGUUUUAAAUACUAGUAUUUGUAUUAGUGAUGGAGAAACAUCCUCUUUGAUCUAUUUGUUGAAUACAGAAAUUACUACUGAGGACAUCCGGAGAUACACCCUAAUUGUUAGCAAGUCUUUGUUGUGUGAUACUUGGGUGACAUGGCCUUUUGUUCAAAUUUCAAUUAUAUUAAAAAGCUCAUAUGCGUCUUAUUAAAAAUUUUCAGUUUUUAAAUUAAAUUUCCAGAAUUAAAGCAGAGUACAUCUAGAUCUACCGAGAUUUUAAAACAAAAUGUUAAAGGUGUAGUGCAGUGUAACAUCAAUUUACUUCAAAAAUUUAUUUGAAAGAAAACCAGCUCUACUGACUCGUAAUUGCUUUCAAAUAUUAAAAAAAAAAAACUAUUUAUAUAAGUGUGGACAUUUCUAUGCAAAGGAUAUCAUUUUAAUGACUAUUUUUGCUUCUUGGAUGGAAAUAAUUGCAUCUAUAAUUAUUUCUUGUUUCAUGCACAGAUCAUGUAAAUCAUUUACAUUUGUAAAGAUUUCACGGAUUUUUAUACUCAUUAAGGGCAUUGUUGGAAAUGAUCGAUUCUGCAGAUUCUGUCAGUAUACGGUCCUGUCAGGAUCUGACUGGCUUGAUUCUGUUCUAGUCUACUUUCCAUCUCUUUGUAGUGUGCAAUUAGUAUAAACAAGUAAAUCUGGAACAAAACACCACCAAUCAAUCUCCUAGACUUCCAGUAAAUGAAAAGUAUUUUAACAAUGCCCAAGUACUUUUAUCUUCCAGUUAAGGACAUAGGCGGCGUUUCUGACAUUUUUUCUAAAUUAUUUUUUCUUCUCCUUGAUAUGAAGAGUUUUUGAAUGAUUUCCGAGGUUGAAAUUUUAUACUGCAUUAAGUAUGUCGGACUUGGUUAACUUCGUGGUUCGACCCCCUGUCUAGUGGUAAUGUAAAGGUCCCGUGUUCGAUCCCCGAUUAUUUCAAAGACUUUUCUCUGCUUCUUUGCCACAGUAAUAUCCAUUUAUUCAACUUAUCAGUACAUAAGAGCUGAUUUUACAGUUUUACUUUCAACAACUAGAGGGUCUAUCAAUUGAUUGUAUAUUGUUUAAUGUCCCUCCCGAGAAUUUUUCACUCAUAUGGAGACUUCACCAAUGCCGGUGAAGGGCUGCAAAAUUUAGGCCUAUGCCCGGCGCUUACGACCAUUGAGUAGAGAGGGAUCUUUAUCGACUAUCAAAAUAUGCUAACUCUAAAACAGAAAUGGUAAUGCACCCCAAUGUAUUAUGUAGCAACGAGAUAGAACGCAAGUGAAUUGUACGUGAAAUGUAACAAAAACUGAUAUAUCAGAAAUGUCGCGUAUUAUCUUAAUGAAAAGUACACCAACAAUGCCCGGAUGUCCAAGAAAUGGAGUGAUUUUUCAGAUAUUUUCAUUUUCUAGAUAACACCAAAUGUCUUGAAUGACCAAUAUCGGUUUUCCGGUAAGAGCAUAAAAAUCACUGAAAAACAGAAAGCAAAUUGAAAAAGAAGACUUAUCCUUUUUGUAUACGAGGUUCGAGUUUUAUAUCAGAACGAAGUGUUUCACACAAAGAAAUUUUAAUUUAAACAGGUGAAUAAGCAAAACUCUCUUAUUGACCAUUUAAAAUCAACACAAUCAAAAUGAUAAAAGUUAAAAAUAUAACGAAAAAUCGAAGACUUAGAUUUAAGGUUUUAGCACAAUCAGUUUGUCCUUUAGAAAUUCAUUAAUCUUGUGGGAUUAAUUUAUCGGUCUUAUUUAUUUAGCCACAUGUUAAAUUUUCACUGGAGAUAAAUGUAUGUAUUUUAAUAUAUAUAGAAGUAUUCGAAAUUGGCUUUAGAUCGCGGCAUUGUUUGGAAAUUGAAAUGGCCAACAACCAUGCCUGGAAAAUCUGUUCGAUUUUCGCUGCCAACCGACAUGAAGGAGCAGACGUACGGUUGGUACCCUUCCCAGAAGGAUGUCUACAAUGACCGCCGCAUGGGCGCCCCCAAUGCCUACCAGCUGGAGGCGAUGUAUAAAUACCGAGACAGUCAAUACUACACGGCACCCAGACCUCCCACUUCCCGGACCCCUGGGGCCUUUCGACCUUCACCUUCUCCUUCAAAACGUCCUAUGUCCACCGCUUCAUCAACAUCCAGAAGCCUAAAGAAAUCUAAUCCUUCUCUUCAAGUUCGAGCGAAAAGUGCCCCAAUCUACGACUUCAAACCUGUACCAAGGCUUCAGAUUCCUACACCCCACCAAUGCUGGGCCAUGGCUACUGAAGAAACAAACUACACAAUUCCCUCGCCCCAGCCGAUUGUCUCCCCUGUACCCUAUUCCUGGCCCUCCCCACAACCUGUUUCGCCGUCAGUAUCCUUCAAGUCGGAAGAGCAGAGCACGUACGAUGCACGUAGCGCCAGAAUCAGAAGUGCUGUUAUAAGGCGCGAAAAACCGACCGCUCCUCAACGUCCGGUCAAAUCUGCGGGACCCUCCCGAGAGGCCACACAUAGGUCAGGCUCAACUAGUAAAGUCCUGAGGCCAAAGACCCCUUCACCAAUGGACUUGGAUCAUCUGCUGUCAGAAAAAGAAGAGAUAGUUCCCACAGAGGAACUGUAUGAUGAGAACCUCAAAAAGUAUGGUUGGAGGAUGGAAGUUCAUGGAGACCCAUACAACCUCAAACCAACCACCAAAAGGCUACCAUAUUACGUUCGAUGUGACGAGCCAGAAAUAGAGGCUGAAGGUCCCCGAGUACACAUGGAAAAUCUGGAGACCUUCUUCCUGAAUACCAUUCCUCGCAGACCAGCCACGUUUGCCAUACACAAGGAGUGGGUGUCUGAAACAAUCCACGCAAAGCGCAUGGAACUCCAAAAAAGGGAGGGAAUCAAACAUCGGUGGAAGAAUUUUGCCUUUGUGUAUUAACAACUCUUCUUGCUUUAAUGUAUCAAUUUACCUCAAUGUAUUAGAUCACUUUCAAUUAAACUACCAAUUAUAUGACAAAUUUCAUCUCUACAUUCUAUGGAGAGGUGAUUUUUUAACCAAGGAAGAGGAGCAUCGUUGAUAGGAACGGAACUUUGGAGGCAGAUCUAUGAUCUGGGUGCCGCGAGACUGUCUUUGUUGAAGUUUAUUUUCUGGUUAUUGAUAUUUUGUUGUACAAUGUUUACUGGAUAUACAGGGGGAGUGCACAGGGUUCCGUGCUUCAGUCACUGCCGUGCAUCAUUUCCUUUUGAGCCUGUGAUUAAGCGGCUACACUAUGUGUAGUGAUUGCUGUAGGAAUGGUUGAAGUCUUUCAUGAAGAUCCUAACUCAUCCAAACACCGUCCGUACUCUAUAAAUUUUAUUGUUAUAUAUAGCUUUAUUAUUUCAAUUUGCAACCUGAUGUGUAAAUGUGCGUAUAGUUGUAUUCAUGACAUAGAUUUUCUCUAUUUUGAUAUAUAUAUGUAAUAUAGUAAUAAAAUUAUUGUUAUUAGGAA